CUCUUUCUCUCCCAGCUUCCUCUCGCUGAUUAGGACCCCCACCCCCCCUUCAAGGUCACUGAGUGGGACUGAUCUGCUCCCGUUUCCCACUACUGCAAUGACUCAGAUGAGAUUGCUAUAUCACUGUCAGCAGCGGCUCACAGGCUUGGCAUCUCUGUCAGUUGUGGUUGGACCCUCGGCACCUGCGUCAGUGCUCAGACCGCGGAGCCCCUGCUGAAUAAGUGGGCCCACUCACUGCUUCUUUUUUCUCGGCUGGGAGGUUUUUUUUUUCUUUUUGUGCAAUAACGCACACAAGGAGUGAGGGAGGGAGGAGUGGGGAGAAAAGAGUCCCCUUCCAGCUGUCGAGAGCAUCACUGACAAGCGGGUCGGUUAACAGCAACAACAAAAAAAAAGGGGGGGAAAGGCGCACGUCCAUGUGGGCAUCGAUCCGCCAGACAUAUCUGCGCCUCUAACGCAAAAACAACAACCCGCGGGUUCAGGGUUUGCUCCUCCUGGCCGGCACCAAUCUGCGCUGGGUAGAAGGAGGGGGCGGGAAGGUUAGUUUGAAGAAGAGGGCAGAGCUCUGCGAGAGGACGCCGAUAGAUCCCAGACUGUUUCACCGCUGGAAGAAAAGGAAAAAAAAAAAAGAAAAAGGAGAUCUGAACCCCGGUGGACAACAACAGCUGAGGGGAGAAAUCAGCCCGGACCAAACGUCAGAACCUCAUUAACUCCGAGGAGAGCCCAGUCGGAGGGGAGAGAGAGAGAGAGAGAGAGAGAGAGAGAAGAAACAACCAGAACAGAAGCCGAACCUGCUGCUGCUGCUGCUGCUGCUGCUGCUGGGGGAGUCCCCUCUAUAGUCUGACAUGGCUGCUGCACCUCAGAAGCUUAAAUCGCCGGACUUUGGCUUGUGGACCUUCCUCCUGCUCCUCAACCUCCUUCCCGAAGCCAGGGCAGUAGUUGGACACAGAGAACCGCUGCCUGAUGACAGCAAAGACAAUAUCACCAUCUUCACCCGAAUCCUCGACAGGCUGUUGGACGGAUAUGACAACAGGCUACGUCCUGGACUGGGAGAGAGCGUGACAGAAGUGAGGACAAACAUCUACGUGACGAGUUUCGGGCCGGUGUCGGAUACAGACAUGGAGUACACCAUCGACGUCUUCUUCCGUCAGAGUUGGAGGGACGAGCGGCUGAAGUUCGACGGGCCCAUGCAAGUGUUGCCCCUCAACAACCUCCUGGCCAGUAAGAUCUGGACUCCCGAUACCUUUUUCCACAACGGGAAGAAAUCCGUGGCCCACAACAUGACGACUCCGAACAAACUACUGCGACUAGUCGACAACGGCACCCUGCUGUACACGAUGAGGUUGACUAUUCAUGCCGAGUGCCCCAUGCACCUGGAGGAUUUCCCGAUGGAUGCACACGCCUGUCCUCUGAAAUUUGGAAGUUAUGCCUACACCAACAACGAGGUGAUCUACCUGUGGACGCAGGGGGACGAGCGGUCCGUUGCCGUCGCCGAGGACGGCUCCCGGCUGAACCAGUACGACCUGCUGGGACACGUUAUUGGCAAAGAAACCAUCAGCUCCAGCACAGGAGAGUAUGUAGUGAUGACAACAUAUUUCCAUUUGAAAAGGAAAAUUGGCUAUUUUGUGAUUCAAACCUACCUCCCCUGCAUCAUGACUGUCAUACUGUCUCAAGUCUCCUUCUGGCUAAACAGAGAGUCGGUUCCUGCUCGCACUGUAUUUGGGGUCACCACUGUCCUAACCAUGACCACCUUGAGCAUCAGUGCUAGAAACUCCCUCCCUAAGGUGGCCUAUGCCACCGCCAUGGACUGGUUCAUGGCGGUGUGCUAUGCCUUUGUCUUCUCUGCCUUGAUUGAGUUUGCCACAGUCAACUACUUCACCAAGCGCAGCUGGGCAUGGGAUGGGAAAAAGGAGGGCAUGGAAAUAAGGGAACCGUUUCAGGCUAACAUGGCCAGGAUUAAAGAUCUGAGGAGAGAAUCCGCCACUCUGUCCAAAAAGGCCAACAACACCUUCAACAUCGUCGGGACCACCUACGCCAUCAACGUGGCCAAAGACCAGGGCUUGACGACCGUCUCCAAGAGCGCCGGCGGACCGUCCACCAAACACCCCUAUCUCCACAAAAUGGACGACCCGUACACGGAGGCCAAGAAGUCCUACAACCGCGUCAGCAAAGUGGACAAGAUAUCGCGCAUCAUUUUCCCAGUUCUGUUCUUCAUCUUCAACCUGGGCUACUGGGCCACAUACGUCAACAGAAAGCCGGCGAUCAUGAAGGCCAACAACCUAAACUGAAUCUGACUGAAGUGUAAGGCUUGAUCUGUGUGAUUUCUUUGGAGGGUAGACAAGUUUGCGGGAGGCCAAGUCAUCUUACAUCUUAUCGUGUGUGUGUGUGUGUGUGUGUGUGUGUGCGAGCGAGCGAGCGCGUUUCGUGAGCUUUUUCUUGAGAGUUUGAUAUUUUGCACGUCUGUAUAGAUGGAAGGCAAAUUUUAAACACAUAGUGUAGAUUCACAUAUAAUAGAGGACGUCGGAGGGGAGCACAUUCUCACAUCAGACUGUGUUUGUGUAGCGUUUCUUUCCUUCCCCACCACACACACACACACACACACACACACACACACAAACACACACUUAUCUCUGGCCCUGUUCGCCGUCGUGAGUAACCCCCGUGUUCCUUCGCCGUAUCUUGAUUGCUUGCUGUUUUCGUAGAGUAGUCGAAAAAUGUGUUUCCACUAUGUUUUGACAUGUUUGCGCUUUGCUUAUAAUAAGUUAGAGCGAGCAUGCCCGUCGAAAAGUUUUUUUUUUUUGUUGUUGUUUUUUAUUUUUUUUCCGCCAUCGUAGCUCAUUACCGGCGAUAAGGUUUUGACACAUCCGUCGAGUUAAACCACAUGCAUGCACGCACGCACACGGAUACACAGUGACGCAUCAGGGAGAAGAAAAAAAAAAAAACGCCAGUGGAGCAAUUCGUCGUCGGCGUCGUCGGUUGCUGUACUGUGCUCCAUUAGCUGGGGGCAGCCUGUAUAGUUCCAUAGGAACAUCAUUAAUAAUCGUCACUGUCUGGCCUUCAGCUCGUGCUGAAUCUCAACAGACCCGAUGCGGUAUCAUCUGGAAUUGCUUUCGCGUCCCGUGGGGCUGCCCGGACAUUUUCUAGUCCAGUGGCUCUUAUUGUUUAAACUGGCUGGGUUAUGUUCAAUGACAGAGAAGCCAUGUGCCUUGGUGAAUACACACAUGAUUAAAAAAAGAAGAAAAAGGAAAGAAGAGGGGGGAAAAAAAAGGCUUUGUCAUGCUCACACCUGCAUUUUACAGCACACCACACGUAUAUAUGCACAAACAGUCUGUGUGUAUAUUACAUGCAAACUGGUGUUCACAGGCUCCGUGCACUACAGUAUGCGGCUGCAGCCCCCCACCUCCACCUCCACCUCCACCUCCACCCUCCCGCGGGCACGAGCACCCGGUGUAAAAUCGCCCAUUAGUGUGGAAGGUUAACAGAGCUCUCAGCCUGUGAAGAAGACGAAGCGAAGCGAUUACAGGCUCCAGCGUCGUCCACAACAAUUAUCAUGUGCUUUUCUGUUUUGGCUCAUGACGCGGCGUCUCUGUGAGCCGAGCGGUCGAAACAAAUUACCACCAUUACCUCAGACUGAAGUCUAAUUCUGCACCACGGUUUAUUAUUCAUUUACCGCGAAAAAUGCAAAGAACACUUUACACAUCCGAUCCUACCAGACGCUCUCAUUUAUUUCAUUAUACUUCUUUUGUUUCCCUUUGCAUCGGUCACCGUAGAUAUUUUAUUUUUUGGCUCCGUUAUGAUUUCUUUCUGCAUUUCUGCCACAUCAUGAACCAGAUUUUGAUUCAUGUACUUUUUGCCCUUUUUAUACCAGAUUGUGUACAGUACAUUGGUGUUGAUUUGAUUCGUCUACAUAUGCUGUACUGGUUUUUUUUGGUUUUUUUGUGAUUGACGUAGACAAGACAAGGCCAACAUGUCAACAGUCAUACAGUACUUCAGAAACAAACGUCGGAGACACUGUCGUCACUGGAGAGCGUCACACUGCAGAAUGCUGCCAAAUCAAUAAGUCGACUGCCUGAUUUAUCCAACAACACGUUAAUGAACAGAAUUGAACUGUUGUUGAUCAAACCGAUCAUCUUUCAACACGUUGCAGAAUCGUCUCCAGCUGACGUGAAGGUCUCCAACUCUCAUUUUGUUGAAGUGACAUCUGUAUUUUUGUUAUGUGUGAAUUUGAUACGUGAUUAUACAGAUGUUUUUUGUUUUGUUUUUUUUUUGCACUCUGGAUAUUUUUUGCUUAAGUAUAGACUCAGAUUGGCCGCUGUACUUUAGACCCUAACACGCCGUGGAUUUCUUUAAAAACUGUAUCUUCAGUGGUAAAGCAUAGGAGAAAAAUGUGUUGUGGCCUCUUUACAAAGGUGUGUUGAUAACACGAAACAUGUAUAAUGUAUCAGUCAUAGGUUAAUGCAUGACAAUCUGUACACGUGUCUGUCUGCAACCUCCGAUAAUGGUGUUUGUCACACUGAAAUAGGGCUUAGGAUCAAUGUUUCUGUAGUUCAUCCCAGUUACUCAUCAAUUACCUGCUCAUAUCCUCGGCAACAUCUGCAUAAACGCACUUAAAAUCCAAUUAUUUGUGCAUAUUGAUGUGAUGCUAAUGAUUUGCGGCUGGCACAGACUUCUGAAAGUGUUUUUCACCCUCAUUUGGUAGCACACAGAUUUUUAGGGUUUAAUUCAGCGACUCUACAGCAAAUCUCAGUUUCAAAUAAUAAAAUACAAAAUUAGGGGGGGAGAAAAAAAAAAUCUGGUCGGGAGAUGCACGACUGCACAAACUAGCAUUUCACAUUCAGGUCACAUUCUGACUUGUAAUUGCAGGUUUCAGCUUAGAUGCAACAAAUUGAAGGCUGAUCAUUUAUUUAUCUUUUUAAUUAUUCUUGAAAAACUGAACAAAUGAACAACAGAUUAGAUUUAUUAUUAAUUUCAUUGUCAUUAAACCGCUGCGGCGGGUCGUAUCGUCUCACCGGCUCCACUCGUGCAGUGUUUUCAAAUUAUCUGACAGAUUCUUUUAAACCAUAACAACGAAAUGAAAACACGUAUUAAGAAAUCUUCCCGAGAGUCUUUAGAGGACAUACUGUUCGCUUCAGCCCGAGUGAAGAGCUCCUGGUGAACCAAUUUUCAUAUUCAAACAACACACACUUUAUAACCUCAAACAAUGACCAGCCUGUCGUGAUAAAUCAUGACACUAAACUCUGGAGGAGGUUUGUGAGGAGCUCAUUAAAUUUUUAUAGCCACACCAAAUUACAAAUCAGGUGGAUGUGUCCCCGCUUUCUUUAACACCUCCUCAUAUCUUUCUGCAACAACACUCACACAGUUCAGCUCUGGCAGAGUAUCUGUUUUGUCUCUGUCUCUUCCCCGGACGUGAUUUUUGAUCAUUUCGUCUCAAACGAACUGAUUCAUGAGCUCACACACAUCAGCUGAGGGCGUAUCCAGCCUGCUGGCUGCUGCUAAUUCAGGAUCUGAUGACACAGAGCGCUCAUGUUUAUGCAUGAUUCCUCUGAGUAAUGUGAUGGAGGUACUGUAGGUAAGUAGUUGUGAGAGGGAGCAGCCGCUGAAUAUUUGAGCUGCCUUUGUGAAAUAACUUGCCCCGGAGACAGUCGUCCUCCACACACAACCUCCUCCGUCAUAAAUACCACGAACAUGCUCGGCCGCCUCGAGCCGGCUGAUAUGAGCACUAGCUUGUGUAAUGUGGUGACCAAAGAUGCAUUAACAUGUCAGCUUCAUGUGUGCAGGGACUGUUUUAAUAGUCUAAAAAAAAAAAAAGCAAUGUAAUCCUCACACGGUGAGGAGGGGGUUGAGAUAAAUCACCCCUUACAAGUUAUAUAAUCAAAGUAAGUUUGGUCAGUAUUUUUACUUUUUCAUGACUGAGACAAUAUCAGAAAAAAAUGUAAAAUGGUUUACCAGGAGAUUUUAUUUGUUUCUUUACUCCUAAAUGUACCAUUUUGGAACCAGCCUCCAGUAUAAAGCCUCGACAACUGCUCUUCUAAACGCUUCAAAAUGAAAAAUAGGAUUCAGCUUAAAAAAAAAGGGUCCAGUGUCGAGCAGUCUAAUUAUACUUCCAGUGUAUAAUUACCUGCAACUGUGUCUGUGUCACAGCAGAAUGAACCUUUUGUAUCUAUAGCAGGAAGGAGUCCACUGUCCUGUUUUCUACAGUUGCCCAGAACGGACAAACAUAGCAGCGGCUCUCCAGAAGCCUCUUUUAGAAGAGGCGGGUGAGACGAGGAGUAUUCAGGUGAUUGCAUUCUGUAAACUCACCUCUAGAUGUCACUAAAUCCCACACAGAGAACCUUCAUAGCAAACUUGAGAUAAACAACUGGCCGUAACUGCGACCAGGUAGUUUAUUAAGCGUUCAUUUUAAAUGUUGUGUGUGCUUGAAAUGAUUCGGUUUAGCAAAAACAUCUUUAUGCUCUCUGUCUUUAAUAAAUACGACCUGUAGAUCUCGACAGCUCGCGAUCGACGCUGCUGCUCCUUGUAAAGUUGCAGGAUUUACCUUUUUUUAAAUAUAUAUAGUCACGUAUCUUGUGAUAUGUGAUUGUGUAUCUGUGUGUUGCAAUAAAAAAAAAGAGGGGGGAAAAACACUUCCAGAGCCACAGAACCACAAACUCUGCACUCUGCAGCAGAAGCUACAGGCAGACUGACAGCCACAGCAAAAUAAUCAUGCAAAAAACAAAGAGAGAUUGGUUGAUCAACUUUAACUGUGAAAGAAAGAAAUUGUAAGAUGUGAGCAUGAAUGCAUGUACAUCUGGCAUCUUAUGUCCAGAGUUUGUGGUAAUUCAGGAAUGUGAUGAACAUCUGUGUUCCUGAGGGGGUUCUGCUGAACCAGAACUCGGCUGUAUUGUUGCCAUUUAGGGCCGGUUAGGAUUGUGUGAUCCAUGUGGUAAAUAUUUUCCCCUCACAGGGCCAGAGUUAACGUCAAAGCAGAAACACGUCAUCCUAUAAGAUAAAGUAUAUUAAGAGUAUAUCACCAUAGGAAUAUAUAUUUAUGCUAUUCAAUCAGUACGGCAUUAAAUAUUAUAUGUUUUAUACGACGUAACCUCCGCAGCAUCGAUGCAGAUCUCUUGAUGGGUAGAAAAGCCGUAGACAAAUAGAGAAACUGAUACUAAUUAUUAUAAACUAAAUGGCAACAAUUCUAAUUGCUCAGAAUAGUGUUACCAAGUUGUGAAUUUGUAGAUAUUGUGGAAUCAAUUCAAUAGGUUUUUUUUGUUUUUUUUUUGUGAAUAUUGAUAUGUCACGUCAAUUUAUUUUUACAUCCGAUAAAUACCGCUGUCUGACAUGGAGCGCCGUGACACGACGUGUUACGGCGUUGUUGUUUUUUUUUCAACAGACCUACAGUAGAGAUAAUACUCAUCGAGCUACUUACUACGACAAGAUUCAGUACCUUGUGUGCACUUUUCAGAAAACCUAACUGUGAAUUAGCAGCUGUCUGCAAGCAGAGUUGUACACACUGUGUUCUCUCUCCAGCAAUUUCACUGCAUGUCCCUCCGCAUCGGGAGAUCAAACACUUCCUCCACAAAGACAGCUCCGGGAACAUGGUGGACUUUGUGUUUUCGUUGGGGGGGGAAGUCGCUCUCUACAGUGUACGCUCAGUGACUUGGACUCUUGUAUGUUGCCCUCUCUCGUUCAUGUUCUUACUGUAUGAGAUGUAGUGAAUGGAAAUGAGGAUUAAAAGGACGUUGUAUUUUGUCUUGGCGUUAUUAAGCCG